GCAAAAAAAAAUAUCAACAAAUCACCCAGAAACUAGAAAUCUCAUUAGUUGAAGCCUAAAAUGACCAAUUAAGAAACUGACUAGUAAUAAAAGUAGCUAAAUAAACCGUCAACUGAGUCACGUAUCAACAAUCCCACAAAGAAUCCGCAGUUUUUUGUUCACAUUAAAAACAAUACACGUCGUCUUCGUACAAAGAGAAAGAGAAAAAAAAAUUAUGUUAAGGAGCAAUUACUGCAUUGAGUCGACAAAUUCGGGUUAAUUAUAUUUAAUCAAUGACAACGGAAUUGACCUGCACCAAUUAUCGCUGACCCCCCUCCGUACAAUCCGUACUCUAAAUGAGAUCUUCCGUCAGCUACAUGCUAAGUGAGUCUGGAAGGGAGCCUGAAAUGUCUCAUCCAGAUUACCAGCAAACGAGUCACGAUCACGGGAGUUUGUUGGUUUUGACGCGCGGCAUUGGCCCGAACAAGUCCAAAUCGCUGCAGCGUGUCUUCGAACGGAUCCAAGAUGUAAAUAAUAUUUGUGUAACAGACUCCGUUCAACAGCCUCGUGACAUUUGGGUGCGCUACAUCCAGGAUCAUCCAGUCGAAAAUAACGAUUGGGGCGAUUUUCAGACGCACCGUCGCCUCUUGGGACUGAUAACUGUGGGAAAAUUCGAUACUCAAGUUGAAUUAAAUGAACUGUGCCGUAUUCAUGAGUCACUAAAAGUGAAAUAUACCAAUACUCUGUACGAUUCGCGUUGCAUCUUGUUCGGUCCGUCGAAGAAAGGCGUCGUGCUUGAAGAAACUUUCGACGACGAUUCGCUAAUUUCGGGUUCCUUGUCGCUAAAUAGCGGCGAUAGUGCUGACAGUGGCAUCACGAACAAGCAAGACGACGCGAAAUCCGCAAAGGAAAGCAAUAAUGGCGAGAUUAUCGCGGAUGAGAAUGACACGAGACCCCUAAAGGAUCGUUUCACGACACCGUCCAACUUCAAAAGUCGCGCAAUUUUCUACGAAGCUGACGAUCCGUGCGACGACCUCGAAAGCAAUAUGCACGAAUUCAUAAACGGCCUUUUCUGGAUACUCGAGUCGAAGCGAUUGGAGAAGACACGUGAAAAAAUCGAUAAAAUCGCCUUGUUGACGGCGCCAUUCGAGAUCAAAGACUUUGUAGGACUCGACAUGGAAAGCAGGAACAACAAAAAACGCUGCAUGGGACGCGCUUCGAAGCAUUUGGGUGACUUGACGUUGCAAGCGGGACUCGUAGCGGAGAGUUUGAAUCUUUUUAAUGCCGCGAGCGAGACUUUACGUGCCAUUGGAGACUCUUUAUGGCUGGGGGCGGCAUACGAAGGCAUGUGUUCCGCCUCCGCCAUCUUACUUUAUCCAAAUUUACGACAUCCGAAGACGGGAAAUGGCGAAAUCGACGAUGUUGUAAACAACAAAAGACGAUUAUCGAACAGAAAAUCGCUUCAAAUUGACCCAGAAACGCCCGGAUCGGAACAAAAUUCGACAACUUCUUCCGUUUCAAGCAGUUCGAGCAUCACAUCGUCCGUUUCGAAUGGCACAGAUUCAUCCAGCUCCACGGAAAAUGCGAAUUCGAACAAUCGAAACAGCGGCGAAGUGCAAUAUCCGUCAAGCAUAUUGACGCCGGAUGAGUUCGUGGCACGAUAUCGUGAUGCCAUCAUCAAUUACAGCAAGUACAAGCACGCGGGAAUCAUUGAGACGGAAGCGGCUCUCAAAGCAGCUCGCAUCUGCAUCGAACAAAAUCAAAAACUAAAUGUAGCGAUGUUCCUUCAAAAUGUCCUGUAUAUCAAUUUAAACAUGAGCGAGCAGGAACGAGUGCGCCGUUUCGAGGUUUUGACCGAAAUGUACAAAGUAAUUGGCUACAAUCGCAAAGCGGCAUUUUGUCAACGACUCGCGGCAUGGCGACAUGUCGCCCAAAGCAACCCCAAUCCCAAUUGGAAUGCGAGUUACAAACUCAUGCUCGAAAGUUUUCCGGGUCACAAGUUGUCUCUGGAGCCCACGGAAGUGCUAACGAAGAAUAUUGGAUGGCCCGUACUUCAAAUUGACCUGUUGCAACAAUUGGUAGGUGCCGCAAGACGUCUUGGGCAAUCUGCACUUGCAACGAGACACAUGACUUUUUUGCUGCAAACAAUGUGGCGCCAUCUAACGCCCACGGAACAACGCGAAAUGGCGCUCCAGCUGCAAAAUUUGAGUGCGCAAUGCGAAGGUUCGCCCGUCGCGUUAAAUCUGGAGAACGGAACGACAAUUCCGCCAGCGAAUUUAACGGAUCUGCCAUAUUGUCAUAGUUUGCAGUUGAAAGAAUUGCCUCCGAGUGCGCGAUCUCACAAACUGGCAAUCACUAAAACGGAUUUUGGGCCAUUUAUUUUCACGCCCAUCAAUUUCGGGUCGAUGGAUCGUCGUGCGAGAGGCAGUCGACGCGCCAAUAAAAACGAACGAAACUGUUCCUUUGACUGGAUUCAGCAUGAUUUGUGCGAAGUAACGCUGCAACUUGCGAAUCCGCUGCCAUUCGAGUUGCCCGUGUCCGAUAUGCGACUCUUGACUGACGGAAUUGUCUUUGAAUCCUUACCGCAAACGAUUAUUCUGCAACCGAAUCACACGACGACUGUCACAUUGCAAGGGACACCCCUGGAGGUGGGCGAAUUAAUUGUGCGCGGCUACAGCACUCAUACGUUGGGCGUGAAAUCAAAUUGUGAACUGAAAGAUAUGCGAGAUCGUCAAUUUCCGCAAGAAUUUGCCAUAAAUGUGAUUCCGGCGUUGCCACGACUUCAAAUUCAAACGUCAACGAGUUUGUCGCCGUCGACUUUCACGCCGAGCGCAAGUAGUUCCGAUGUUGUUGCAAGCGCUUCGUUAACGAUGUACAACGGGGAGACGCAAGAAAUCACAGUUACGCUCAAAAAUACGAGCAAAGUCCCGAUCGAACAUCUCGACUGCAAAAUUACAUCGAGUAUUGAACCGACGUUGUUGAAACGGAUUUUUAGCUUUUCUCCCGAGGAUUUGCAAGCAAAGUUGCCAUUAUUGCCGGACCAAAGUGCGGAAUUUGUUGUCACGGUAUUUGGGGAAGCGGAUUUCGUGGGACCGGUUUCGCUUCCGGCAAAUUCCAUGAAUGACGGGCCGCAAAGUUUGCCGAUUCACAGUAACACGUUGUCAGUUUUUAAUUCGGAUCCGAGUAGGACUAGUUCGCCCACGAGUACGCCACGGAGGACGGAAUUGACAUCCAGCUUUAGAUCAACCCACUCUGGUCAGUCAUCUUUGAACACAAUGAGUCUAAACACGAUAACUGGAAAUGUUCCGCGGCAGAUUGAAGCUCAGUUACGAUUCAGUUAUUCGGGAUCUGCAGCAUUAAAAGCCGGUUUUUGCAGAGAAUGUUCAACAAAUCUUCAUCUAGAGCUGAUCCCAAGUGCGCAAAUCUCAAAUUGGGAUGUUCUUCCAGCAGAAACUGGUUCUCAAUUCUACUUGGUGCUUGACGUUACGAACUUGACGGUGCAGGAAAUGACCCUAAAUUACACCGAUAACAAGACCAUUUUGAUUGAAGCGAAGGAAAGUUGUCGAGUUCCGGUGCCUGUUGAGCGAUGUGACCUGGAAAAGAUUCUUGCCGAGCACAAGGAACAAAAUGAAGAGAGAAUUACACAAAUGAUGCAAAAUGGUCUUUCUGAAGUAGAUUUGCCGGAAAAAUUGUGCGCGACUCAUAUUUCUAACGCGGUGAACCUUAAAUGGACCUUAUCGGGUGCCGAUGUGACUGGAGUGGCAACGUUAAAAGGCAUUUCUUUGUCACAUCACAUGCUGGAUUUAAUUACUUUAGCUCCUCUUCAAUGGGAUGUGUCAAUUAACAAUCAAUCUGUGGCACCACAAAACGAAGUAACGUGCGUUGUAGGUCAAUCCGUGCCACUUGCCAUCCAAAUUUGCAAUGUCUCGUCAAGUACGUUGGAACAACUGACUCUCUCCAUACAAUUUUUCCAGGAUUAUCAGAAUAACAUGCAAAAUUAUCGACUGGAAACGAGAGUUAUUAUGUCUGGACCUAACUUCAUCGAAAUUCCCCAUUUACAACAAAAUUCAAAGGCAUCGUACGAGUGCUCCCUAAUUUUCUUUACGCCAGGACGAUUUAAGGCAGACAUUCAAUGUCGUUCGGCUUCGUCUACCUCUGCAUCUCAUACCGCAGUGCCUCUUAUCAUGGGAGCGUUUGCGGCAAAUAAUUCAGCAAGUAACUCAGCAACGCAUGUUUGGCGAUUCAUACCAAAUAUUGAAGUCACAGUAGUUCUCGAACAAUAAGCUUUUCUUCUCUUAUGAAUUAUCUGUUAUUAAUUAAUUAUUACAACUAUUUAUGUACUUUUUUUUUUAAUAUUUUGCAAUUUUUUUUUUCGGACACUUAUUAAGGGAGACAACACUUAAAAAAAACGGAAAA